AUGGACGUCGUGGACGCCGAGAAGGCGGUGCCCGCGGAAGGCUGGAUCGCGGUGGCUUACGUGGGCCAGGAGCAGGCCGCCCCGUCCCCCCCGCACAGCCGGAGCAGCGGCCCGCAGGCCUGCCCCAAGGCCCUGGUCCAGCAGAUGCGGAGGGCGCUCUUCCUGGGAGCCUCUGCCCUGCUCCUCCUCAUCUUGAACCACAACGUGGUCCGAGAGCUGGACAUAUCCCAGCUUCUGCUCAGGCCAGUGAUCGUCCUCCAUUAUUCUUCCAAUGUUACCAAGCUGCUGGAGGCGCUGCUGCAGAGGACCCAGGCCACAGCUGAGAUCACCAGUGGAGAGUCCCUGUCGGCUAACAUUGAGUGGAAGCUGACCCUGUGGACCACCUGUGGCCUCUCCAAGGAUGGCUACGGAGGAUGGCAGGACUUGGUGUGCCUGGGAGGCAGUCGGGCCCAAGAGCAGAAGCCCCUGCAGCAGCUAUGGAACGCCAUCUUGCUGGUGGCCAUGCUCCUAUGCACAGGCCUUGUGGUCCAGGCCCAGCGGCAGGCGUCACGGCAGAGCCAGCGGGAGCCUGGAGGCCAGGUGGACCUGCUCAAGCGCCGUGUGGUGCGAAGACUGGCAUCCCUUAAGACCCGGCGCUGCAGGUUGGGCAGGGCAGCACAGAGUCCCCCGGAGCCUGGUGCCGAGACCUGUGCUGUGUGUUUGGACUAUUUCUGCAAUAAGCAGUGGCUCCGGGUGUUGCCCUGUAAGCAUGAGUUUCACCGAGACUGUGUGGACCCCUGGUUGAUGCUCCAGCAGACCUGCCCACUGUGCAAAUUCAAUGUCCUGGGUAAGGAUCAAGGGUGGGGGGAUCCUUGGCUGGCUCCACCUGGUCCUUACCUGACACCUCCCUCCCUGUUUUUUUCCCUCCUCUCUGCAGGGAACCGCUACUCAGAUGAUUAGCUGCCCCAGCCGCCUGCACGUGGAGAUAGAAUCCCUCCCGCCUGCAGUCUGGCCCUUGGCCUGGGCUCUUGGAACAGGACAGUGGGAUAGACUGGAGAAAACCCUGUGGGUGCGAGGAAGAAUAGGGGCCUCCCCUGCUGAGGAGCAAGGCACCCCACUAUAUUCCACUCUGGGAAGGAGGGGCCACAACGCCCAGGCCGAGAAUGCAGGACCCAGACCUGCCAGGAAGAGAGGCCCCUUUGGGGUCCUUUUGUACAAUCUUGGGGUGUCUGUGUCUGCCUUCCUUUCAGGAAGCUCCCAGGACCCUGGGUAGGGGCCUGGGGAAAGAGGGUGGGGGCAGUGCAGCUGCUCCCAGGGCUCUGGGAGCUCUCUGGCCUGCCUGUCAGGACACCCCAGGGGCUGAGGCUGCAGUGGUCAGUUUUGUGUUUAUUUAUUUGGGGGUGGGUUGGGGGAGGAGCUGUCUGGCCUCAGGGGCACCCUAGCCUGAGCAUCUUUCAGGACACAUCUUGGUCAAGGCUGGGAUGUUAAACCUAAGGCCUGCUGCCCUCAGUCCUUGGGCACUAGGAGCCAUGGGUCCCACUGCCUGUCCAGUCAGGCUCCCUUUCUGGCCUGGUUGAGACCAGAGGCCUUAGAAACAAUCCAGUCCUGUGCUUCUCAGUGGGACCAUGGGUCACUGACCAGGAUACUUGAAGCCACAGGAUAAAUGUGGUGCAUAUUCCAGGGGCAUCCUUUUUUUAAAAGAAGAUUUGGGGUAGGGGAGGUUUAAUAUUAAAAUAAACAUGGAUAUAUUUUAACAUAAGAAAUAAAAUUUGUGUGGUUGUUUUAAGAUAAAAAAUACAAACUGAC